AUCGUGCAACCGAAAGAUUUGGUCGAUCCGUCGUGCUAAUACCGACGCGGGAGCAUACUUAGCAAGCAAACAGUGUCGCUGCCCAACAUCCCCCUCCGCGCCACGUUGCUGCCGGCCUCCCAUCGAUCGUCCUCGCGGCGGUAGAGAUUCCCACACGAAUCUCGGCAAGCUAGCGCACCGUCCGUCCGGCCGGCCGGCUCCUCCCACGAAACGUGCAGCGCAUGUCUGCUGCUCUGCUCUUGCUCCGUGUCCGCGGCGCCUUUCCGUUUCCGCCUUCCUGUCUACCCCCGCCCCAAUAAUGGAGAGAGAGGCCGGCCGGUUUCGCCGCCGCGAUGGCCGCCCGACCCGCGCGCAGCACCCAUUUAAGCGCGGCGCUCGUCAUCCACCCACGCCUUCCUCUCCCCGCGGUCCGGCGCGCACACUACUUUCUUCGGCGGGCGUUCCACGUGGUGGCCGCCGCGCCAGCUCUAAGGCCACCCGCGCGCGAACGACUCGCCUAGGCAAGCAAGGCAUGGCCACCCGCUCUAGCAAGGCGCGCCACCGCUCCGAGGCAUCCGCCCCCGCCACCUCCGUCGCCGUCGCGGCGGCGAGGGCGCAGGACGCGCCCAAGGCCCCGCUGAGGCGCUCCGCGGCCUUCCCGCCGCGCCGCUCGCACAGCCACCCGCAGCCGCAUCCGCACGGCCACCAGCGCUGCGACAGCGAGCCGGUCAGCCGCAGCGGCAGGCAGCCCCGCUGCGGCGAGGUGGCCGGCGGCACGGCGGCGGGCUGCGCCGCCGUCUGCUGCUGCUUCCCGUGCGUCAUGGUGGAGGUCGUCGUGCUCGCCACGGUCCGCGCGCCGGCCGCGCUCUGCCGGCGCGCGGUCCGGGCGCGCCGGCGCCGGCGCUCGGCCUCGGCGGGGCAGGCGGUGGACAUGUACGAGCUACUCGUCGAAGACGGCACCGUGGCCGAGCCCGGGGACCCGGCGGUGGUCUGGCCCGCGGGUCAGCCGGCGGAGGAUGCCGGGGACAUGGAGAAGGAGGUGUGGUCGAGGUUCUACGGCGCCGGCUUCUGGAGGAGCCCCUCGCAGCUCGGCGACGAGAUCAGAUGAUCGGAGCAGGCCGGCGGCUCCUGCGCGUGCGACGCCCUGGCUUCUUCUACGGCUUUCUUGAUUCUUGCUCGGGUAGGCUCCCUUCGUUUUGCUCCGAGGGAAACCGAUGUAGAGGAGGAAAUGGGAAGCUGGUGUGUCGUGUUUGAUCGACACCGCAUUCUUGUUCCACAUUUCAUCACUCUUUUUUCUUCUUCUUUUCUUUUUGGUGUACGUCCUCUAUCUAGAAGGGGAAAAACGAGGCGAUUCCCUUCUUCGUUGCCAUUGUAUACGCGACUAAAUGUAUAUACCGAGCGAUGUGAUUGAAAAAUAUCACUUCCAAAAGGUCAA